AAGUCCCCAUCAUCAGACGGUCGAUUGUGGUGAUCGUUGACAGGAGGACAUAUUUAUUUUGUUCCUGCUUCCUAUUUUACAGGAUUCUUCGGCUCGCCAUUUUUACGUCCGACUGAUCGGUCGCUUGGACAACGGCGACUUGAUCCCCCCGCUUUUAAAAAAAAAAAGCCUUUUUUUUAGUGCAAUUAGAUCGAAAGGGAUGCCGCUGCAGACGGACCCCGACGUGCGCAAACAGUCCCUCGAUUUAAUCUCGUCGCAUUUAAUCGGAAAGAGUAGUUUUUCUAUAAACCGAAAAGGCCUCAGUGUGGCGCAUUCUCGACCGAGUGCUUCUUUAAGAUGGUUAAACGCGCACUAAUUGCUCGACUGUAAGCUCGUGAAAAAAGAACCGAGAAGACUGGGGGAAAAAUACCACAACAACAACAAUAAUAAUAUUAGCCAGCCGAGCUAGCUGCUAACAGUUUGGAGGUGACCUGAGCCGCAAAGGCCACACAUAAAAAACGGAGCCGAGAAGACUCAAGAGUGAGCCGAGCGACUUUUUGUGGAAGGUUGAAUUGUCUUCCGCGACAAGAAAUAUCGACUCGAGGAGGCGAUGAAGUUGCUGGAAAAUUCCCAUUUUGAAGCACUCAGCUCCCGCCUGUGUGCUGAAACGGGAGAGUCCCGUAUCCUUGGCAGGAUCGAGAGCUACUCGUGCAAGAUGGCGGGCGACGACAAGCACAUGUUCAAGCAGUUCUGCCAGGAGGGCGAGCCGCACAUCCUGGAGGCUCUGUCCCCGCCGCAGUCCGCCAGCGCCGCCAGUCCCGAGCUGCUGGCCAAGAGCAGCGAGGACGCGGAGAGCCCUCUGAGCGACAAGUGUUGCAGGAAGACCAUCUUCUACCUCAUCACCACGCUCAACGAGUCCUUCCGCCCGGACUACGACUUCAGCGCGGCGCGGGCCCACGAGUUCAGCCGGGAGCCGAGUCUCAACUGGGUGGCCAACGCGGUCAACAGCAGCUUGUUCUCGGCCGUGGGGGAAGGAUUCAACUCUCUGGGCCCCGAGUUGUGGAACGCCAUCGACCAGGAGAUCAACCUGCCCGCUUGCGACAUUUACAGCUACAAUCCUGAUUUGGACUCCGAUCCUUUCGGCGAGGAAGGCAGCCUGUGGUCCUUCAACUACUUCUUCUACAACAAGAAGCUGAAGAGGAUCGUCUUCCUCACGUGCCGCUACGUCAGCGUCCUGAGCGGCUGCGGCGGAGACGGCCUGGAUAGCGACGAGCUGGACAUGGAGCUGGACGACCGCGACGAGGAGGAUGAGCUGGACGGCUUCUCGGAGGACAGGCAUCCCAGAGUUGUUUGCGUGUGAGCCUUCACCCCCUCCCACUACACCCCGCGGUCGUGUUUUCCACCCAAAGCCAUUUUCACACUUUUUGUAGGACGUAAAUGCAUGUUUUAGAGUUUGUUUUUAUUGAACAUGCACUUGAGACUCGGUCCAAAAAUAAGGAAAAAAAAACAAUCUCCUGGUCGGGAGCUUGUAUGUCGUUACUGUUUUGAACUCUUUAAAAAAAAAAAAAAAUGCUGUUUCUCUUCACUCUCAUUAACAAAAGCUCAUAAUCUAUUGUAAUGUCAAACAUUUCCUUUUUUUGUGUCCAAUAUUCUCGUUUUCUACGUUUUUGUGCACUUCUCCAUGCAAACAUGAUUGUAGAGUACAACCAAGCUAAAUGACUGUAUCUGUACUUUCUUUCCUGUGCUAUAAUAUAUUCCUGAUGUGAAUAAACUUUUUUUUUUUU